GUUUCACUUUCACCCGAGUGCAGUCUGUGGUCUAACUCCUCUGCAACGGCCCUGGCUGUGCCCCUCUGGGCUGCUCUCAGCCAUGGCCAACCCUUCGCUCUUUGUCAUUGCUAUAGAUUUUGGCACCUCCUACAGUGGGUACUGUUUUUCCCUUGCUUCAGGGGCAGGCCAAAUCCGCCAGGUCUUCUGGGGAGCAGAGCACGGGCUCAGGACCCCGAAGACACCCACAUGCAUCCUCUUCAACGAGAAGCAGGAGUUCCGAAAGUUUGGUUAUGAUGCUGUUAUGAAGUACAAGAGCCUGCCCUCCAGUGAAGCUCACAAGUGGUACUUCUUCCAGAACUUCAAGAUGAACCUGUACAGCACGAAAGUCACUUCCAGCAUGAAGCUGGAAGCAACCAAUGGAAAAAUGCUUCCUGCCCUGACAGUCUUUUCCGAAAGCCUCCGCUACAUGAAGGAACAUGCCCUGAGCACCAUUCAGAAUGCCUCUUUCCAAACUGUGUAUGACCACACAGAGGUCACCUGGGUCAUUACCGUCCCGGCUAUAUGGAGCGCUGCUGCCAGGCAGUUCAUGCGGCUGGCAGCAAAAGAGGCAGGACUCAUCUCUGACAUGUUUUCUGAGAAGCUGAUUAUUGCCCUGGAACCGGAGGCUGCAUCACUCUGGUGCAAACAGCUUCCACAGGAAGGGUUUAUGGCAGACAGCAGUGACAAUAAAAAGUUUGAAGACUCCCCAGGGAUCCAGUAUGUUGUUGUUGACUGUGGAGGUGGCACAAUAGACAUGACGGUACAUGAGAUCCAAGAAAACCAUUGCCUUAAAGAGUUACACAAGGCAUCUGGAGGUGGAUGGGGAGGCAACACAGUGGAUGACAACUUCAGUGCAUUCCUCAAGGAAGUAUUCAGUGAUGAUGUAUGGGAUGAAUAUGUAAAGAGUCACCCUACAGAAUUACAGCAAAUGAUGUACAACUUUAGUCUACAGAAAUGCUCUGCUAGUAGGGAGGAGGUCUACAUACAUUGCUACUACAACUUGACCAGAGUGGCAGAGGGCAAGAAGGCCAUCUCACACUUCUUCAAAAAAGUAAAGGGAGCUGAGUGGUGUGAUGGGACGAUCAUGAUCACAUAUGAGAAAAUGAAGAGCUUUUUUGCCUCCAGUACCAAAAAAAUCAUUGGUGCUUUGAAGGAAAUCCUUCGCAAGCCUGAGGUGUCCAAGGUCCAGUACAUUUUGCUCGUGGGAGGCUUUGCAUCUAGCGUCAUCCUGAGGGAUGAGAUCUGUCAGGCCUUCAGCAAGAAGUAUCAUAUCCUUUGUCCAAUAGAGCCCCAAGCAGCCGUUGCAAAAGGGGCUGUUUUAUAUGGAGUCAAUCCACAGGUUGUUGCCUCAAGAAUCAGUGCUCAGACAUAUGGCAUAAAAGUAACUCGGAAAUUUGAUCCUGCUAUACAUGAUUUAUGUAAGCGGAGAGUCUCCAAAUGUGGUGACUAUGUUUAUUGUGCUGAUCUCUUCAAGAAAUUGGUGGGAAUUGAGGAGUCAGUGAAUAUAAAUGAAGUUGUCCACUAUACUUUCUAUCCAACGGAACCAGAUCAGACAAGUACAUGCUUUUCUUUCUAUUGCACAGAAAAGCAGGAUGCUCAGUAUGUAGAUGAGGAAGGGCUGGAACUGCUUGGCUCCUGCAGAGUUCCAAUGCCAGACACAAAGCUGGGGAAGGGGCGUAAGCUCAAGCUGGAGAUUAAAUUUGGGCUUACUGAAUUUAAAGCCACAGGUACUGACAUUACUUCCAACCAAAGUCAGUCAGUUAUGAUAGAUUUUUUAGGUGUGUAAAUAGCCAGUUCAUAGAGCAGCAGGGACAAUAAUUCAAGGGACAGAAUGGCUCAAAUGGGAAGUACCAACUACAACAAUAGGAAAAGCAAACAGACUGUAAAGUCCAUCAUCCAGCCUUCUGCUCACACAAGUAAACAGUUUACUAGUGUGAUCCACUGGUUCCUUCUAUUCUGCCCUCACCAGCCACCCAUUCAGUCCAGCAUCCUACUAUCUGCCAUAUCUGAGAGCAGGUUUAUCUCCUGUUUUCUCUCUUCCUCUUUCAGCUUAGCCCUGUCGCAUCUCUGAACAUGGUAGUCCAUACCACCAGUAUAAGCACCUGUACCCUGCCUGUAUUUGAUAUAAAGCUUCUGGACUGGUGUCUAGCUUCCUUAUAUACCAAACCCAUACCUAUUUCUUUUAGCCCAGUGUCUUCUUUCAGCCGCACCCUCUCUUCCUCUAUCUCAUAUCUCUUUAUCUGGAGCCCAGGUUCUCUGGCAGUGGUGACAUUCAACAGAUUUGAGUUUUCUUCAGGACAUGGCUUAGAAAUAGAUCAUAUGUAAUUAAAAAAUUAAAUUGUCUCAGUCAAAGGUGCUAUGAUGUGAAGCAGUAACUCAAUGCAGUCUGGUGGCUUGCAUACAAAACUGCGAGAGUCCUGUUUGCAUUAAACCAUUGGGUGAUUUGGCUUUAUUAGCUGAGCAGAUAUUAAUGUCAGAUUGUAACACUACAGAUCCGAAUAAUGUUUAUGCACCUGCCUGAGCCCCUCUUUCCAGUUGUGGGUACUUCCUACACCUCUGACUUGGGCUUUAUAAUUUCCAAGUCCAUAAAAGCUCCUUUGCCUUCUGCUUAGAGCUCCUGUGAACAGGUCCAGCACAGUCUGGCUGGCAUGAGUUCAAAUUUGUCCAAGAAAAAGCUGUGUUCCUGCAGUCUGAUUUAGUUGAGCAAAUUCCUAUACCUAAGAGCCCUGCUGACUUCAAAAGGAUUUUGCAUAAGCAAAAUGUUGAGUCCAUGUCAGAACAGAUCCACCACCUAAUCAGGCCUUAAAAUUAUUAUUAUUCUCUACUUGCGUGCUAAGGUUGUAGCGAUUCCCUGCUGAACUGUCCAAAUGUCUACUUGCUUAGCUGGAUACACUGGAUUACAAUUCCGUGCUGGAAUUGUUAUUAGCUGUAAUGACUGUGUUAGAAUCACUGCUAUCAACGUACUUAAUCCUGCUACACAUUAAGGCAGAGGAUUAAUCUGUACAUAUACUUACAUGUUAUGAUGUAUAGAAGCUGAACCGUUUUGAAUACAACAUUGCAUUUGUUUUCACAUAUAAAACCUUGACUCUUGCAUGCAAUAAACGUAAUUCACAGCAGAA